CUCUUAUCUUCCUCACCGUUCUCUAUUACCCUCAGGAAAGCGAGGAAAAAAAAGGCUCUCUCUUUCCAUUUUACAUCUAAGUUUUCUCUCUUCGAUCGGAGGAAAAACCUUGCUCGCCGAUAGAAUCCAGGGAAAACGCAAAGAUGUCGGCGGCGAUUAGGAAGAUCACUCUGAAGAGCUCCGACGGUGAGACGUUCGAGGUUGAUGAGGCGGUGGCGCUGGAGUCGCAGACCAUCAAGCACAUGAUCGAGGACGACUGCGCUGACAACGGGAUCCCUCUACCCAACGUCACCAGCAAGAUCCUAUCCAAGGUCAUCGAGUACUGCAAGAAGCACGUCGAGGCCGCCGCUUCCAAGACCGAGGAACGCCCUUCCUCCGCUGACGACGAUCUCAAGACCUGGGACGCCGAUUUCGUCAAGGUCGACCAGGCCACUCUCUUCGACCUGAUCCUGGCUGCAAACUAUCUCAACAUCAAGAGUUUGCUGGACCUAACUUGCCAGACGGUGGCUGACAUGAUCAAGGGGAAAACUCCAGAGGAAAUCCGCAAGACCUUCAACAUCAAGAACGACUUCACACCGGAGGAAGAAGAGGAAGUUCGUAGGGAGAACCAAUGGGCCUUCGAGUGAUUCCUUUAACCGCUCUUUCUCCAGAAUGUCUCUCUGUUUUAAAAUUUGUGCUUCCAGCGUUCAGCCUCUCUAUCAUCCUUGUUUCCCCUCCAUGAACACACAAUGAUCCCCUCCAGACGUCUCUCAGAUCUAUGUGAACUUGUGAUAUAACUUUCUCUGUUUCCUAAUUGGUCUGAUAUGAAUCUGGCUUUUAUGUGUUCAGUGUCCUGUUUGCUAAAUUAUCCGUCUUUCCUUGCUAUGGCUUCUAGCUACUCCAUGUUGAUUGUUCAUACAGGAAACGGUUACAAUGGACAAUCUCGUUGGUCGUGUGUUUUGGUUCCAAAUCUGCAUCCAUGUACUUGGUAGUAGCUUCUUAUGUGUUCUUGCAUCAUGUGUUUGCCAGGAAAUCUUUAUUGUUCGUUUCUCAAUAACAUUUUGAUGUAAAGGCUGUUUGUUAAUAAUGUACGAGUUAAAUC